CUAAAAAUCUACAACUUUUCGAAAAUAGACUCAUUUUGGUUCUAUCGACAAACCCAUUUUAUUAUACAACAAAAAAAAAUGUGGAAUUUAAAUGAUUCCCCCGAUCAAAUAAUGGAGGAUGAAUCUGAUGAAGGUAUACCGGUGAGAUCGGUAUCAAAUUCAAGUUCAUCCGUUGUACUUGUUGUAGAGGACGGUAAUUCAUCAGAAGAAGACGGUGAAAGAGGUAAAAAAAUGAAAAGUAGUACACCAGGUAAAUUAUUCGGUUUUUCUGAUAACGACGACAAUUUGGAACCGCCGAAAGUUACCCGGCAAUUUUUCCCGGUGGAUAAUGAGUCCACCAAUUUGCCAAGAGCACAAUGGGCUGGAAUUAAAUUUUGUGAAUCGGAACCGCCACUUGUCACCGGAUUAGUGGGUAACCCAAUUGAGGUGUCACAACAUCAGCCAAUUAAAAAAAGUCGCCGUGGACCACGUUCAAGAAGUUCACAGUACCGUGGUGUUACCUUUUACCGGAGGACUGGCCGGUGGGAAUCGCAUAUAUGGGAUUGUGGGAAACAAGUUUAUUUAGGUGGAUUUGAUACAGCACAUGCAGCAGCUCGUGCAUAUGAUAGGGCAGCAAUCAAGUUCCGGGGAGCGGAGGCGGACAUAAACUUUACCUUGGAGGAUUACGAAGGUGACUUAAAACAGAUGAGCAAUUUAACCAAGGAAGAAUUUGUGCAUGUACUAAGGAGACAAAGUACUGGUUUUCCAAGAGGAAGUUCCAAGUAUAGAGGAGUCACUUUGCAUAAAUGUGGUAGAUGGGAAGCUAGAAUGGGACAAUUCUUAGGCAAAAAGUAUGUUUAUUUAGGCCUAUUUGAUACUGAAGUUGAAGCUGCCAGAUCUUAUGAUAAAGCUGCUAUCAAGUGUAAUGGAAAAGAUGCAGUUACCAACUUUGAUCGUAGCAUUUAUGAAAAUGAAGUUAACUCAACCGAAUGUAGUGAUAAUGCAGCGGACCACAAUCUUGACUUAAGCUUAGGAGGUUCAAGCCAAGAAAUGGGGGACAAUAGGGGUCAAAAUUCUUCAUCUAAUUUGCAAUUGGAUGUCCAUUGGGGCCACCAAGGGUCAUCAAGGCUUAACAAGCCACGUAGCCAAAUCAAUUUUGAUGGCCAAAAAAGAAGUGGAUAUAAUGAGACUGAAACAUUGCAACUCUUGAGCCAAACGCACCUUAAUUCGUCAGGCAGAGUGCAACCAAAUAUUAAUGAAAUGCAAAGGUUUGGCCAAUUUAUUAGAGAUGGUGAAACACAUAUGGUUCAAGCCUAUCCCCGGCAAUUCAAUUCAUAUCAAGUUCAGACUCCGAGCAACAAUAAUGUAGGCCAAAUUGGGGCAACAAGUAAUUCUCAAGAAUGGCACCCUAAUUAUGAGAUAAUUACAACUGCUGCAGCAUCAUCAGGAUUCCCCCAGCAGAUAAUAAGAACUCAAAAUUGGUCUCAAAAUAAUGGCUUCCAUCAUAAUUUUAUGAGACCUUCUUGACCAUUAAUUAAUUUCUUCAUGUUCUUUUAUCAAUCUUUGUAAACAGUAAAAUUAAUUAAUGUUGAGAUUAUUAAUACUCUCAAAACAUAAACAAA